CCGUGAUUGAGUCCAACGGAACAAUGAUCUAAUGGAACAUGUGGCAUGGGAGACAUAAUAUUCUUCUCAAUCAACAUUUUUCCAUCAUUUCAACACGAUUAAGCAAUUCACUAUAUGUUGGAAGAUUCGAAUCAUCUCUACUUUUUUUAGAUGCACCAGAAGGAGACCGUCCCCAACCAACCAAACGGAUUCCCGUCCAAGCACCUUCUCUAAAAUUCGCUUAUCAGUCAUUUGUUCAGGCGGAAUUCAAAUUACCAAGUGCAAAAGGCCAAGCUCAAGAGAUGGAAAGUCAAAUGAUGGAUAAAGCUAAUGAUACUGCCUCAUUAGAGGGUGGCUGCUAAGGCACAAAGAGCUGCUGAAAGUGUAAAGGAUGCAAUGGGCAUGAACACAUAAUAUCAAUCUCAAAAUCAUCAACACGCC